UUCAGCCGUGAACAACGCCGAAAUGGCCAAGAUUAAGGCUCGGGACCUGCGCGGCAAGAAGAAGGAGGAGCUGUUGAAACAACUGGAUGAUCUGAAGGUGGAAUUGUCCCAGCUUCGGGUCGCCAAAGUGACAGGCGGCGCCGCGUCCAAGCUCUCCAAGAUACGAGUCGUUCGCAAAUCUAUCGCCCGAGUCCUCACUGUUAUUAACCAGACUCAAAAAGAA